ACAAUUGUUUUUAUGAAUUUGCACAUCAUUCACACAUAUCAAAAGCAACAAUCAAAGGCUGAGAUAGCUCGAAUACCUCAGUUGCAAUGAAUCAAAAAGAAAAACAUAGAAAAUAAACUAUGCAAGCAAUAAAAUCCUAGAAAGACGGUGCCUAAACAAAUUAUACUAAUAUAAUCAAGGAACAGUGAAACGGGGGUUUUUCUGGCAUUUCACUGUUUAAGGAACAGUGCUUAUGAAUAGUAUCUGGUUGCAUUGCAUUGGGCUUUAGUAUAUAUAGAAUUUAUCCAAGAAAUGGGGUCAGCUCAGCUGGUUAUAUGAAUCAAUGUGUGAGUGAAUAUAACAAGGACUCUUCCCUGUAGCUUCGCUUGGUUGGUUGUAUAAAACCGAACUCUUGUAUUAUUGCAGACCACCCCCUGUAGGUGUAAAUAUUGAAAAACUGAGGAAAAAGAAAAAGCAAGAAUGCAGUUGGGCUGAAAAUUCUACCCAAGUCUCGAGUCUCGACCCCCUUUGUUGACUGUCAGCUUAGAGGACCGCUACCUUAAAACACUCCAGUCAAUUUAUAAUUACAUCACACUGAUGAUGAAGCAAACACCUCUAAAAAUUAUGACUUUAGAUAAGCUUUUUAAUUUCCACAUGAUUCAACUCUAAGGGACAUAAGAAAUUGGCUUUAGAAAUAGAAACAGGGACUGGGCUGAUCAGUGAUCAAAAGAUCAUGAAAACCAAAAUGUCUUCCGUGCAUAAUCUGAUGCUUGUUUCCAUUCUCUCCUCCAUAUUUGUUGUUACUCUGCUCAGCUUUCCCAGCCCAGCUGAAGCUGAUUAUCUAUACAAUGUCUGCCCUAACACAACCAGUUUCACUCCCAACAGCACCUACGAAUUAAAUCUUAAUCUCCUCCUCUCCUCUCUCACCUCCAACGCCACCCGUGAACUCGGUUUCUACAACACCACUGCCGGCUCCCAAGAUCCCAACGCUGCAGUUUACGGUUCCUUUCUAUGCCGUGCUGAUCUCACAUCCGAUGCAUGCAAAGAUUGUGUAGCCACCGCAGCCAGAGAAACGGUCAAAGAGUACUGCCCCUUCAGAAAAGUCACUAUAAUUUGGUACGAUGAUUGCAUGUUACGCUACUCAAACGUGUCUUUUUUCGGCAAUAUGGAUGAAGCCCCAAGAGUUUAUUUGUGGAACGUGGGAAAUAUUACUGAUCCAAACCGGUUUAAUAAGGUACUGGGGGAAACAAUCAAUGGCUUGGUGCCUGUGGCAGCAAAUGCGGCCUCCGGAACUAAAAAGUUUGCGGCAAAAAAAACAAACUUUACAGCGUUUCAGGAGUUGUACAGCCUUGUGCAAUGCACGCCGGACCUGUCAAGCACCGCCUGUGAUCGGUGUCUUAUAGGAGCUAUUGCACUUCUUCCGGCUUGUUGUAAUGGGAAGCAAGGAGGAAGAGUUUUGUAUCCUAGUUGUAAUGUUAGAUAUGAAGUGUAUCCAUUUUAUACAUUUGUUACUGCCCCUCCUCCGCCACUGCUUCUUCCUCCUCCACCUCCAGCUUCAGUUACAAGGUCUCAAGGAAAUGAUGACCAAAUCUCAACUUUGGUCAUAGGGGCCAUUGUGGUUCCAAUUGCCAUAUUGCUCUUUUUGGUAGGCUGCUGUUUCUUAAGAAGAAGAGCAAGGAAAAAGUACAAAGUUAUACAACAACAAAAUGUGGGGAGCGAAAUUAAUAGCGUGGAGUCAUUGCAGUUUGAUUUGCGUACAAUUGAAGCAGCCACAGACAAUUUCUCUGAUCAGAACAGAUUAGGGGAAGGUGGCUUUGGUGAGGUUUAUAAGGGUACACUUCCUGAUGGGCAACAAAUAGCUGUGAAGAGGUUAUCUAGAGGCUCCGGGCAAGGUGCCGAAGAGUUUAAAAAUGAGGUGGUUUUGGUAGCUAAGCUUCAGCACAGAAAUUUAGUGAGGCUAUUGGGAUUUUGCGCUGAAGGAGAAGAAAAGAUACUUGUUUACGAACUUGUGGAGAACAAAAGCCUUGACCACUUUCUAUUCGACUCUGAGAACCCUGUAAAAUUGGAUUGGUCAAGCAGAUACAAGAUUAUUGGCGGGAUUGCCCGUGGGCUUCUCUAUCUCCAUCAAGAUUCUCCGCUUAAAAUCAUACAUCGCGAUCUUAAAGCAAGCAACAUAUUGUUAAAUGGGGACAUGAACCCAAAAAUUGCAGAUUUUGGCAUGGCAAGAAUAGUUGGAGUCGACCAAACUCAAGGCAAUACAAGAAGGAUUGUGGGAACAAUUGGUUACAUGUCUCCAGAAUAUGCAAUGCAUGGACAGUUCUCUGUGAAGUCCGAUGUGUACAGUCUUGGUGUCCUGAUCUUAGAGAUUGUAACUGGCAAGAAGAACACUAGUUUCUAUAACUCAGACCGUGGGGAAGAUCUCUUGAGCUAUGCUUGGAGACAUUGGAGGGACGGGACACCCUUAGAAUUAUUGGAUCCAAAUCUAAGAGAUUCUUAUGCAAAAGCUGAAGUAACUAGAUGUGUCCAUAUCGGGUUACUCUGUGUUCAGGAAAUUCCAGAUGAGAGACCCACAAUGCAAUCCGUAGUUCUCAUGCUAAGCAGUUACUCUGUCACCAUGGCAUUACCUCAAAAGCCAGUACUUUUCCUGCAUAGUGGAACAGAGCUGAACAUGCCAUCAUUAACCACUGAAUCAUUUGAUCAAACUCCUAGCAACUCCUCGCCAUUUUCUGUUAACGAAGUAUCAAUUACUGAAUUAUACCCGCGUUAGUGUAUAUCGAACAAAGCGUGAUCAAUCUUUCAGGACUCUACUUUGGAAGUGCUAUGAUUUUGUUUCAUUUCUCUAUGCUUUUCAUGGUUGCGCUAGCUGUUCUGUUUCUUAUUAGUCUCUCCUCCAUGAUCCAGAGUUAAUCCAUCGGUUAAGAUGUAAUCAAAUAGUUUUUUUUUUUGUUGAAAAUUAGCGAUAGUCAAAUUGAUUAGUUUGGGUUUUUCUCACUCACCCAAUCCCAUGAUAUUAUCACUUUUGCAAUUUUUUUUUUGAAAUGUAUUUUUUUUCUCUCC